AUGCUAAAGAAUGGGGUAGUUUUGGUUAGAUUUGACACUGCUAUAGGUAAAAAUGAUGUUCUUCAAGCUGGGAUCUACCAUUUUGACAGCAAGCCAUUCAUAGUAAAGGCUUGGAACUCAGAUAUGGAUUUUUCUAGGGAGGAACUGUACACAGUUCCUAUCUGGAUAAAGCUACCCGGUCUGGAUUUUAAGUAUUGGAGCCCUAAGGGACUGAGUAAGAUAGGAAGCUUGAUUGGAAAGCCUCUAACGGUGGAUAAAAACAUCGAGAGGAAAAUUGGCCUUAAUUUUGCUAGGCUUAUGGUUGAAGUGGGAAUGGAUUCCAUAUUGCCAGAUACAGUUACAUUUAUAAAUGAAAGGGGUUGUCUAAUUGAACAAAAAGUGAGUUAUGAAUGGAAACCAACUCUAUGCAAGUUGUGUAAGAAGUAUGGCCACUCUGAAGAUGUUUGUAGGAAGAAAGUUGCUCCUAAGCCAGUGCAACAUAUUGAGCAGACAGAAGAUGAAGAGGUUGCUCAACCAAAUGAAGAACUUGCUCCACAACCAACUACUAACGAAGCUGAAAAGAGAAUAGUUAGAGCAGCUGUGGGAGUAGUAAAGGAAGCUGCACCAGCGAGAGAACAGAAGGCAAAUGAUCCUCAGGGGAAUGUAGUUGACAACUCCAAAGCAAUAGGUGCAGUGAAUGUUGCAUGGGUUACACCAAUGAGAGGUUCUACCACUCAACAACAAAUGAAGGAUCAAGUUGUUCAAGUAAUGAGUCAGCUUGUAUCAAAUGCCAGUUCAGUUGAAAAUGGCAGAGGCAAGACCAUUCCUAAUAGUGGGAAUGGCUAG